ACCCUGGUCAUAUAUGGCAGAGGCCGCACAGAGUCCAGGCCUCCUGCCUCCUGGCCCUGGCCCAGGAGGGAACAGGGCAGCUGGCUUACUCAAGGCUGCCCUCGCCCCUGCAGGAAUCACUGAGAUUCUGAUGACCAGACCUCAUGCCUGCAAUGCCUUGGGGAACGUCUUGGUCGGCGAGCUGCUGGAAGCUCUGGCCUGGCUGAGAGAGGACCAGAAAGUGCGCGUCCUGCUCAUCAGAAGUGGAGUGAAGGGUGUGUUCUGUGCAGGUGCAGACCUGAAGGAGCGGGCGCAGAUGAGCGAGGUGGAGGUGAGGGUCUUUGUCCAGCGACUCCGCGGUCUGAUGAAUGAGAUAGCAGCCUUCCCUGCACCCACCAUCGCGGCGAUGGAUGGGUUUGCCUUGGGUGGAGGCCUGGAGCUUGCCCUGGCGUGUGACCUCCGAGUGGCAGCUUCCUCGGCUGUCCUGGGACUGAUCGAGACCUCUCGCGGGCUCCUCCCCGGGGCAGGAGGGACUCAGAGGCUGCCCCGCUGCCUGGGGGUGGCCCUGGCGAAGGAGCUCAUCUUCACAGGCCGACGCCUGAGUGGAGCGCAGGCCCACGCGCUGGGGCUGGUGAAUCACGCCGUGGCCCAGAACGAGGAGGGCGACGCAGCCUACCACCGCGCUCGGGCCCUGGCCCAGGAGAUCCUGCCCCAGGCCCCCAUUGCUGUGAGGCUGGGCAAAGUGGCCAUUGACCGAGGAAUGGAGGUGGACAUUGCAUCAGGGAUGGCCAUUGAAGGGAUGUGCUAUGCCCAGAACAUCCCAACCCGAGACCGGCUGGAGGGCAUGGCAGCCUUCAGGGAGAAGCGACCCCCAAAAUUUGUUGGCGAGUGACCUCCAUUUAACCUUCAGUACAGGAGAUGAAUGCCUCAAAGAGAAGGAACCAGAAGGAAAAUUUGAAGCAGGCCCACCCUCAUCGUUUCACCUCUUUGGGUGUCAGUUUCUUCAUAGGAUGAUGAUAGAUGUAAGAUGACUGGCACGAUGCCUAGUACCUAGGUGCUCACCAUACCACCUACUGCCUAUCUUCCUUAUCCUCACCCUGGCUAGUCGCUAGUGCCGGGUUUGUUGUCAGAGAAUGCUUAUCUCUCCCUACUCCAAUGAUAGACACUAAAACAGACCCCUUUGUCUUUGUAUCACUGGCUUUAGGUCCUGACCUCUCUGUUAUCAGGCUCUUACUAGAGAUGUCAAGAGAUUUAAGUUACUCCCAGUUUCUGUCUCUGGACAAUAGAGAGAAUAGGUAAACUCUGGUAUUGGCUGAACACAUAUCAGGAGUCAGACUGCAGACCCCAGCUCUCUGCCAACAACCUAGGACAAAUUGCUUAUUAAACUCUCUAGGCCUUAGCUUUCUCACUUGCAAAAUGAAACUGUUGUAAAGAUUAAAUAAAUAAAUACACCUCAUGUUCAA